ACAAGAAACACGGUGAUCACGUGUUGCACUAGGUGGUCGCAGCUUUUACUGUCUUCAUCUUGCAGAAGACUUGUACAUCUGAUUUCACUUGGUUUCAUGGGAUUUCACAAGAUUUAAUGUGAUUUCAUGGGAUUUCAUGUGAUUUAAAGGGAUUUACUGGGAUUUCAAUCAGCAAGCCGUCAACUACGUGAGUAAGGCACGUAAUCUAUGAGAACAAGACACAUGAUCUAGCACACCAGACAGACUGCUACAAGACACGUGAUCUAGCACCCCAGACACACUGCCACAAGACAGUCGAAGUGAAAUGGCGCACGGUGAUUACGUGCAGCGGUUGGUGAGUUGCUUCCGUCUGCUGGUGCUGGCUGUGUGUGGGUUUAUCGUGGCGUUCAGCAGUCCGGCGUGGUCAGCCUUGAAUGCCUUCUACACCUACGUCUACACGGGGCUGUGGUCGUGCAAGGACUACGUGUGGUGCUCAAAGAACCUGCUUGGGAACCCACUAACGACCCAAUUUCUGGAAGUUGUUGCUCUGAUUGCUGACGGCAUAUCUGUGGCAGCAGUGGUGUUUUCCUAUUGCGUCCACGUCCGCAGGAACAGAUUUCUCAUCUACCAGAACUUGGCUCUCAGGCUUGCAGCAGUGGCGGCUACUGUGGGAGCAAUAUUGAUUUAA